AUUUUCCUCUUCUUUCUCCUUUGCUGAGAUAGAAAAGCAAAGAUUCCCGCUGACUCUCUCUCUCUCUCUCGGUGCGCUGGAAAAGAUAGAUAGAAGCCGAAGAUUAUUCGUCUCCUCUCUAUCGGCGAGAAGAUAUGGCGUCGUCUUCAGCUUCCGCGACGGUGGCGGUUGAUAAAGCAACAAGCGAUCUUCUUCUAGGUCCUGAUUGGACCACCAACAUGGAAAUCUGCGAUUCCGUCAAUUCUCUUCACUGGCAAGCGAAGGAUGUGGUUAAAGCUUUGAAAAAGAGGCUGCAACAUAAGAGCGCGAGAGUUCAGCAACUGGCACUCACGCUUUUGGAGGCGUUGGUGAAGAACUGUGGAGAUUAUUUGCACCAUCAAGUUGCGGAGAAGAACAUAUUGGGGGAAAUGGUCAAGAUUGUGAAGAAGAAGGCGGAUAUGCAAGUGAGGGAUAAAAUAUUGGUCAUGCUGGACUCUUGGCAGCAGGCUUUUGGAGGUCCAGAGGGUAAAUAUCCUCAUUAUUAUUGGGCGUACGAUGAGUUAAGGCGUUCUGGAGUCGUGUUCCCUCAGCGUUCACCUGAUGCGUCCCCUAUAAUAACUCCACCAGUGAGUCAUCCAGCGGUAAGACAGCCUCAGGGGGGUUAUGGAUCACCGCAAGCUGGUUAUGGAGUACCGUAUGCUGGUUAUGGAGUACCGCAAGCUGGUUAUGGAGUACCACCUCAAGCGGGUUAUGGAGUACCACCUCAAGCGGGUUAUGGAAUACCUCAAGUGGGUUACGGAAUGCCCAGUGGUUCGUCGAGAAGGCUUGAUGAAGCAAUGGCAAGUGAGGUUGAGGGCUUAAGCUUGUCAAGUAUCGAGGCCAUGAGGGACGUGAUGGAUCUCUUGGGCGACAUGCUAAGCGCUGUGGAUACCAGCGACCGAGAGGCUGUGAAAGAUGAAGUCAUUGUUGAUUUGGUCGAGCGUUGUCGUUCCAAUCAGAAAAAGCUGAUGCAGAUGCUAACCACCACUGUCGAUGAUGAACUUUUAGGCCGGGGCCUCGAUCUAAAUGACAGUCUUCAAAUUCUGCUAGCUAGACAUGAUGCAAUAGCUUCUGGUUCUCCUCUGCCAGUUCUAGCUUUAAAACCAGCUGACUCGAGCCCAAAAUCUUCUGAAGCUAAAGAUUCUAGUUCCAUAGCUGGUUCUAGUUCCCCAGUACCCGCCACUGUCUCUACGGGAAAAAGCCCAGUUGAUGAGGAAGACGAGGAGGAAGAUGAGUUUGCGCAAUUAGCUCGAAGGCAUUCUAAACCAUCAGCAUCUGUGACUACAGACCCCGCCAGUUCAGAGUCUCAUAAUGCUCUUGCUCUUGCUCUGCCUGACCCGCCGCCUCCAGUGAACACCACUAGGGACCAAGACAUGAUUGAUUUGUUGAGUCUGGCAUUGACGUCAACUCCUCCACCUCCUCCCACUGUCUCAGAUCAAAACAGCCAUAGCUAUCCGCAGGCUGUGCCACAGUUUGAGAGCUAUGUCGCUCCAUGGGCACAACCUCAGCAACCUCAACAGCAACAGCCUCAAACACAUCAGAGCUAUUCUCAACCACAGCAGCAUCAAACACAACAUGGCUAUUCUCAACAGCAGCAGCAACAGCCUCAUACACAGCAGGGUUAUUCUCAACCACAACAGCCUCAAGCGCACCAGGGUUAUUCUCAAACGCAACAGCCUCAUACACAGCAGGGUUAUUCUCGACCACAACAGCCUCAAGCACAGCAGGGUUAUUCUCAAACGCAACAGCCUCAUACACUGCAGGGUUAUUCUCAAACGCAACAGCCUCAUACACAGCAGGGUAAUCCUCAAACGCAACAGCCUCAUACACAGCAGGGUUAUUCUCAACCGCAAGCUAGACCUCAGAGUCCAUUUGAAUAUCCGCCUCCGCCAUGGGCUUCAACAUCAGCAAAUGCAUACUACACUCCCCGGGCUAAUGCAACAGCCUCAUACACAGAGACGUCGGCACUAGCAGGGAGAUCGCUGCAGCAGUCCAACUCAUUCCCGGCGAGAACCGUAGAUCCCCAGGCUACUUCAGCUGCAAGCAAUCCAGGUGUCUCUGGAGGACAGAAGCCGUUUGUUCCAUCGUACAGAUUGUUCGAAGAUCUGGAUGUGUUUGGUAACAUAGAGGGGAAGCAUAAUAAUAAGUCUACCAACAGUAAUAACGCUACUCAGGCGCAGCAGAGUAUGAUAGGAGGGAGGAAAAUGAUUUAACAUAAAGUUUGCAUGCUUCGUUAUUUUCUCAUUUGUGAAUAUAGUGGUGUACGACUGAAUGUACAUUUUCUUUUUCUCCCCGUUUUUUUUUUUAUCUUGUUUGAUUUUAGGAUUUGGUAUGACAUACUGAAACGAUUUGAUGAGACCAUGAGAUUUUUUAUUUGUCUUCUAUCA